UUACAAAACCAUUUCAACAUACUCAACUUGAUUAUCGAAAUAUACCAAACGGAGAAGAUGAGUCAGGACCAGCCAAGGCGUUCACAACCAGGCCAAGACCCCAUCAAAUACGGCGACGUUUUCGAUGUCUCCGGCGACCUUGCAAAUAAGCCCAUUGCACCGGAAGAUGCUGCCAUGAUGCAAAGCGCAGAAACUCUAGUGUUGGGACAAACCCAACUCGGCGGGGCAGCUUCCGUCAUGCAAUCCGCCGCCAAUCAGAACGAACAGGCUGGCCUCGUUGGUCACCUGGACGUCAACGACGUUGCCGGCGACCAAGGCGUCACCGUAUCGGAAACUCGAUUCCCUGGAAGACGCAUAAUCACCGAGGCUGUCGGCGGCAAGGUUGUGCAGCAGUAUUCUGAACCGACCCCGGUUCAAACCGGACGAGCUAGUGCGGUUGGGGAUGGUGCAAUAACCAUAGGGGAGGCGUUGGAGGCCACGGCCCUGACCGUGGGCCACAAAGCGGUGGAUCAGAGUGACGCUUCCGCGAUUCAGGCGGCGGAGGUGAGGGCAACGGGAAACAAUGUCACACCGCCUGGUGGGUUGGCGGCUAUGGCUCAAUCGGCGGCUGCUUAUAAUGUUGACUGCACCCGUGAUGACGAUAAGACGAAGUUGGGGGACGUUUUGAGUGGAGCCACAGCGAAGUUGGCCGCGGACAAGGCGGUGACACUGGAAGAUGCGGAGAGGGUGGCGAGUGCUGAGGUGAGAAACAACCCGGAUGCGGCUGCCACUCCUGGCGGCGUAGCGGCUUCGGUGGCGGCUGCUGCUAGGAUCAAUGAAUGUGUUAAGUAACGUGUGGUCUAUGUGUGUUGGCAAUGAUACUUGUGAGUAGUGGAAUGAGUUGUGUGUUAUUUAUUCUGUUGUUUUAUGCUUCUAAUCUAGUUUUAAGGACUCUACUAUGUAUGCUAUGGUUUCAUC